AUGAAGGAGGAAUGGUCGACACUCUACCGGGCACCACAGAUGCAUGCAGAGAGUGGUGCCUGGCUUGAGGGCUUUUCAAAACGAGAUGCGCAGGCAAUCCUCAUAGCACUUCCGUGGACAGUGCUCCUGUCAUCGCUGACCUGCUUCAUGGUGCUUUAUGCCUUGGAGGCUGGAUUGCAUUUAUUCCUGGUUGUGUUUGAACGGGUUGUGAACGCAUCACAUUACCUAAUAGCUCUGGGAUGUGCCCUCUAUGUGCCUGUGGCUCUUCUUGUGGAGAGACCGAGCUCAUGUUGUCGCAGUGGUCCGCGCAGAUCCAAGGAGGGAUGGAUCGCGAUUGGUGCGGUAGCAGCUUGUGCAGUCAUUGCUCUGUGCUACGCAAACAGCGUGCACAGCCUUCCAGACAGAAAGCUCUGGAUCUCUUUCAUCCAUGGAUCCUUCGCAUUUCGAGCAGCUACAACUGGGGAAUUCCUUCUGCAGAUUGCAUGGCUCUGGUCGGCUGCAGGCUUGCGGUGUGAAAAAGGCCAGUCAGUGCCAAGCUGGCGUCGCUGGAGCUACAGCCUGCUCGUCUUGCUGUGGAGCUUCACAUGGUGGGUUGGGGAUGAUCAGCAGCUUAGUGUUGAUGAUAUUCCUUUCUUUCUAGGCUAUUCUGCUCGCGUCAUACUCUUUGUAUAUUGUGUCACACGAGUCUUCAGGAAGUGCGCUCGGCACUGCCAGUGCUGCUGCUUUUGUUGCCGCGAUGAAUGGGUUUGUUUGGAAAACCUUCCUUGCACGCCAGGUCGGGAGAGGCUUCGAUACCUUCUCUUCUACCUGCUCACGCGGCCGCCCUUCCUUCUCAUCAUGAACUUGCCUUUAGGCUAUCCAUUGGCAUUUUUGGCAACAUGGGCCUUGCUGGUUCGAUGUGGCUUGAUACUCUUGAUUGCUCUCUCAUUGCGUCCAGCUCCCACACCGGUGGAGGAACAUGAAAUGGAAAGAUCUACGAGAGAACAAUUUGAUGUUCUGCUAGCGCUCCACCUGUGCGACUUUUCCUGGGAGACCUACCAAGGGGCACCUGUACCAGCUGUUGUUGUCAUCUCCGGUUGCGGUCAUCCAGAGUUGAACGGUGAAUACACACAGGAAGGCCGUGACCAGAAUGAUUUCCCCAUCUACAAGCGAGACCUGCCACAACACAUGGAGCGACAGGCCUUUCUCCAGAACACUGACGGUGUGUGGGAGGUGGUGACAAAGAGCACUUCGUCCGCGUCGUCGACUUCUUCUGAUGAGCGGUGGGUCUAUGCUGAAGCUGAAAGUGCAGAAACACCGACGCAGGUUCAAGGUGUUUGGAGUGAGAUGGGCUUCAAGGAAGGUGAAGAGAAAGAUUGCACAGUUUCCAAUGCAAAGCUGAAGAUAACCACGGGUCCUGGUGAAGCAAAACGGCAUCAUUCUGUUUCUGGCGGCUGCCCCUUGCUUGACGUGCAGUGGUUGUUGGCAGAACAGAUGGGAAACCUGACCAGCGAGGUGCAGGAUGGAGUGCCUGGUGUGUCGCAAAGUUCUUCAGGAAGUACGGAAGACAGAAGCGCCGAAGAAGUCUCCAUUGUUGUAGCCUUCCGUGGAACCCAGAGCGUCAAGAACAUGUUGACCGAUGCCCGCAUAUCGCUGCAGCCCUUGGCAGAGGAGUCAAAGACUGGACCUUUUGGUCUUUGCGAAGGCCCUGUUGCAUGCUUUGACCUUGAAGCCAAGGUAGUGACCAAGCUUGGCAGCGCACAAGGAACACCACUAAAUCCUUUUUCGCCUUUGUCGGGAGCUGCUGACCCUUUGCAAAGCACAACAGGCUCAGCAGCAAGCCUAGGAGGACAAGAGGAUGCCGGCCUGCCUGGAUGUUGUCGUCUCCUCGCACAGUGUUGCACGAAGUUGUUUUUCCCUUUUGUUCCUUCUGACGAAGAUGAUGAUGAAGAGCUUAGCCUGGAGGUCUUAGAGAAUAUUCGUGUACACAGAGGCUUUGCAGAGGCAUAUGGGGCUAUUCGUUCCGAUGUUCUUGCAAUCUUAAAGGCUCGAUUGGACCAUUGGCAGAAGCUGGGUGUGACUACCAAAGUUUUUGCCACUGGCCAUUCUAUGGGUGGUGCAAUAGCCAAUCUUUUUGCGUUGGAUCUAAGUGCAGCGCCAGAGGAACCUGGAAGGUCAUUGCCCUUUGAUCGACCCGUUGUGGUGUACACGUUCGGAGCUCCGCGUGCAGGCAAUGCGGCAUUCCGCAGCGUGUACAAUGCUCUAGUCCCCCAGACCUUUCGUGUGGUGGCUUCCCGGGAUGUUGUACCUACUUUGCCGCCAAGCAUUGCGUACAGGCAAAUUGGGAAGGAAGUGUGGGUAGAUGACGCUGGAGAACUUACCUUCGUGAUGUCGUGGGCUAUGCGGCAUAUUUUGCCAGCACGAGACAGUGUUUGGUAUCAUCCAAUGCUUGCUUACUAUCGGCUACUCAACCGAGCUUUGCUUCGGAAGACUGGCCGGCCGUUUCCGUCGCGUUUCAGAGGAGAGUCAACGAUUCAAGAGGCUCUGAAUGGCAAACCCUUGAGUUCGUAG